CCUAAUAUUAAACUAGAGAAUGCAUUGCAUGUGGUCUCCUUUGAGAUUAGAGAAUUUUCUUUUUUAUUAAUCCAAUCACCAGACUGCCCAUACACUCUGCAAUUUUUCUCAUCAGUCCUGCAAUAAAAAGAUCGCUCACAGCUUACUUCUAAGCAUUCUCACUCCUUCCUCUCCUUUCUAAUUCUCUGCCCCCUUUCGCUCUUAUCAACCAGGUGAGCUCUUGUUGACUGGGAGGCAGAAAGAAGAUGGGGGAAGAGGCAAAACAGGAAGAGGUUAAGGCAAAGGCCAAGCCAGAGGAGAAGAAGGAAGAGCCACCACAGCCACCCUCUCCAGUCGUCUUGUAUAUCGACCUGCAUUGUGUUGGGUGUGCCAAGAAAAUUGAGAAGCUCAUCAUGAAAAUAAGAGGAGUGGAAGCAGUGGUGAUCGAUAUGGCUCAAAACCAAGUGACAUUGAAAGGCGUAGUCGAUCCUCAAGUGGCUUGUAACAUGAUCAUGAAGAGAACCAAGCGGAGAGUCAAAGUUAUAUCUCCUUCGUUACCUGCGGCCGAAGGCGAAGCAGCAGCUCCACAACUUGGCAGUUCACAGGUUUGUGGAUCGACGACUGUGGAGCUGAAUGUGAACAUGCAUUGCGAGGCCUGUGCCGAGCAACUUAAAAGAAAGAUCCUCAAAAUGAGAGGAGUUCAAACAGCUGCGACAGAACUUAGUACCGGGAAGGUCACAGUGACGGGAACCAUGGAAGCAGACAAGCUCGUCGACUAUGUCUACCGAAGGACCAGAAAGCAAGCCCGGAUAGUUCCUCGACCCGAACCUGAACUCGAAAAGAAAGAGGAGGAGAAGGAAGCUGAGAAGCCGGCAGAGGAAACGAAAGCCGAGGGAAAGAAAGAAGAGAAUGGUGAGCAGAAGAGUGAGGAUAAGCCAGAAGAAAAGAAGGGAAACAAGGGCGAAGAGGAAGGUGGUGGCGAGAGCAAGGAAGAGGAGGCCGAGAAGGAAGGAGAAGAAGAACAAGAAGCAGCAACGGCGAAUCAUACUAUUGUGGAUGACGAGGGUAUGAGGAGGAUGAUGCAUUAUUAUCAGUCACUCUAUGUCAUUGAGAGACUCCCACCUCCUCAGCUCUUCAGUGAUGAGAACCCCAAUGCUUGCUGCAUCUCCUAGUCUUCGUCAAUGUCCAAAGGGUUGCAACAUCAAUGAAAUAAUUAAUCAUCCUUUGUAUCU